AUGAGUAGCAUCAUCGGUUUAGUUUUUUUAUUUUUGACUUUUCGACCGAUACUCGCCAUAAGUUUGCAAGAUGCGCUGCUUUCUUUCAAUGACAAAAUCAAUUUGGAAUUUGAACCUUCCCUUCCAUUCCCUAAGUGGUUGGCUGAUUUCACUGGAUUGAAGGCCUGGCCAGGUAAUGACCCUCCCUACAUUCCUUUAGAUUUUAUAAACUUCAAUAAAAUACCAAAAAAUAUUCCUCGACAUGAACAAGGUGUUUGCAAAUUAGCCCCCAGUGCUUGCUCAUUUGAUUGUGAUAACUGUGUCUCAUUCGAUGACGUCUAUACUUGCCCUAAGUUGAGUCAGACUUUUGAUGAUGGCCCAUCGGAAGCCACACAGAUGCUUAUUGAUAAGUUGAAAACGAAAGCUACAUUCUUCACAUUGGGAGUUAAUGUAGUAGAUUUCCCAAAUGUAUACAAAAGAGCCAUGUCAAAAGGACAUAUUAUGGGCUCACACACUUGGUCACAUAAGUUUCUACCCUCCUUAACCAACGAAGAAAUUAUUGCUCAAAUAGAAUGGUCAAUUUGGGCCAUGAAUGCAACUGCCAAUCAUUUACCAAAAUGGUUUAGACCACCAUAUGGCGGAACUGACGAGAGAGUAAGAUCUAUCGUACGACAAUUUGGUAUGCAAUGCGUACUUUGGGAUUUUGAUACCUUCGAUUGGAUGCUAGUGGAUCCUUCAAGCGGGAGAACAGAAUCCCAAAUUUUUGCUGAUCUAAAUAAGUUUAAAACAUCUAAAAAUGGAAGGGGAUUAAUACUUGAGCACGACGUUUUUCAGAGAACAGUCAAUACUGGUAUUGAGGUCAACAAAAUUGUUGGCCCCGAUCAACUAACCGUUCCUCAAUGCGUUGGAGGGAUCAAUUAUAUAAAGACCUUUUAG